AAAUAACAAUCAAGAAUUGACAGCUAGCCCGCAAGAAACCGUCCAUUUACCUGCUUCUUCCAAUCCUGAAAGCACGGACGUAGCAGGAAAUGAGCCUCUAUAUGCAUUUAAUGGAAAUUUUGUUCAAGAAUUGCCUACUACCUCGCAAGGUGAAUCUACCUCGACGAAUUCUCCGUAUAUGGAAGUCGUAGGAAAUGAGACUCUAGAUUUAUUUCAUGGGAAUUUUUUUUUCGAAGAAAUGGAAUUACGUUCCCAAGAAGCAACUAGUGCAUCAGCUGCCACUAAUUCUGAAAGCAUUAACAUCUCAGGAAAUUAUGAUCUUGAUUUACUUCGUGGGAAAAAUAAUAGAGAAUUGCUAUCUUUUUCCCAAAAAAAUCCCGAUAAACCUGUUGCUUCUGCUGGCAUAAAUGUGAUGGGGAGAAGGCUUGUUGAUUUUUCCUUUUUUAUCCAAAACCUAAAAAGAUUUGAGGAUCAUGGCCCAUUUGACUGCAAAAUAAAAGAUGCUAUAAUAGUAUCUGAAAUGAAGAAUGGUCUUAAUUCUUCAUUUAGAUUCAAAUGCCGUUUGUGCAAUUUCGAGGAUGUUGUGCACACAAAUGAAGAAUCCGUUUCAAUAAAUACUGCGGCAGUUCUUGGAAUCACUGCAAUAGGAUGCGGAUUUUCUAACAUGGAAGAACUAUUCUCAAAUUUAAAUGUACCCUGCAUGUCAAGUCGAAGAUUUGCAAAAGAGCAAGAGCAUCUUACGAAAGCUUGGGAAGAAACUGCAACAUCGGAAAUGGCAAAGGCAGCUGAAGAAGAGAAACGACUUGCAAGGCAACGUGAAGAUGUGGAUUCAGAUGGAAUACCUCUUCUCACCGUCAUUGUUGAUGGGACUUGGGGAAAAAGAUCCUAUCGCACAAACUACUCAUCUUUAUCAGGAGCA